UCGGCCGAUACAGAGUUGUCCUCGUCGGCGAGCAAAAGUCCUUGUUGUUGUUGAAGGAUACGACGGGCGGAUUUUCCGAACGCCCUUGCGAGUGAAUUCCGUACCAACGACUGCUCUGUAAUGUGAGCGUGUUGUAGCAGUUAAAAGUGAAGCAGAAAUAUCAGACGCAACGUUAGUUGAGAAAUAGCAGGCAGCAAUAGCAUUGGAGCAUUAUCGUAGACAGAGGAUGGAGCCACCGUUUCCGCCGGAUGUUGCACCUUUCACGCCCAUCUGGGGCCAGGAAAACCCGUCACCGAUGGUACACUAUCCGGAGCUGAUGGCUGGUUUUCCGUGUGCAGAUUUAGCAAUCUGGCCCCGGCAGCAGGUCGGUAGUUUCGUCAGCCAACGGCUUUCACCGCGCGGUGCCCAACCGGCCCCGACCAGUGGCGGAUCGACGAAGAAAACGCGGCGCCGGGUAGCGUCGAUGGCACAGCGGCGGGCGGCCAACAUACGCGAGCGGCGCCGCAUGUUCAACCUGAACGAAGCGUUCGACAAGUUGCGGCGCAAGGUGCCCACGUUCGCGUACGAGAAGCGGUUGUCGCGCAUCGAAACGCUGCGCCUGGCGAUCACGUACAUCGGGUUCAUGUCGGAACUGUUGGCCGGCACGCCAACGCACGACGGCCGGUCGCCCGAGCUGUAUCCGGGGGUGUUGGCCGCGUCCGCACACCACACAUCGCACCACCACCACCAGCACCACCAUCAUAAUCAUCAUCAUCACCAGCAGCAGCAACAGCACAACAACCAUUCGUCUUCACAACAUCAGCAGCAGCAGCAACAAUCGCAACACCAACAUGCGCACCUGCAUCACCAACAGCAACAGCAUCACAGCCUACAUGGAUCGACGACGACGACGGUACCGGCAGCAACCGGAGCAACAGCCGGAGCAGCCGCAACUGCCCACCAGCACAUGCAUCAUCACCCCUCACUUCAGCGAGCGGCCGUUGCGGCGGCUGCCGUUGCCGCGGCCACCGCUGCCGCUACCGGCGGUUCCGGUUCCGUCAACGGUACCGAGUACCACCAUCCGGGAUACGGACCCGGGCCCGGUGUACCGUCGCAUCACGUGGUUUGA